GCCUCUUCAGAGAGACGGUGACGUGCAGGCGCCGGAGCUUCACGCGGCGGCCUGAGGAUGGAGUUUACCGCCGCUCUGCCCUUCGGACAGCGCGUGUCCGCGCCGUCGGACGAGGAAAGCGUCAUGGAGAGGAUUGGGAAGUUCUUCCAGCUCCAACCCCCGGAGCGAGGGACGAGUUCAGGCCGGAGAGGAAGCGUCGAGAGCUGCGAUGAGACCGACACCACCUCCCUCUGUCCUGGCUGGGACUCGGACCAGCGGCUCCCCCAUCAGGAUGUGACGCAGCAGAUGGAGCGCUGUCUGACAGAAGCCAAGGCCUCCACCCUCCACUGCCAGCUGCUGCUGCUGCCCCUCCACCUGCUCACCAGGAUCGGCCAGCACAUCAUGCGCUCCUCUGCAGAGGAGCCCUGUGGGCUCCGGGGGGCCUCCAUCAAGCUCUUCAUGGACAGCAAAGCUGGCCUGAAGCCUGCGGGGAGCAUCUUCCCCGACCCAAGUGUCUGUCCGACCUUUGAACUGUCUGUGGUGCUGAAGGUGGAGGACGGCUGGCCCCCUCUGAGAUGCAUCUUCGACUCCACCAAGGUUGUGAAGCUGAGGCCGGAGUACCGGCUGGUGAAGAGGAAGCUCUACUCCUCAGCCAGUCCUGUGGUCCACGACUGCAGCUAAACACC